GCGGCGGCUGCUGCAGAGCGGCCAGGAGGAGGGUGGAUCUCCGGAGAGCGGAGCGCCCCGAGUCCUCCUCCUCCUGCUGCUGCUGCUGCUCCCGCUCCUGCCGCCCAGGCUCCGCCGCCGCCCGUCGGACUCGUCCUCCUGCCGCCCGCGGCGGGGAGCCUCCCAGACGACAGGGGCCGAGCUCUGUCCGCCCGAAGCCCGCGGGGCGGCGGACCGGCUUGCGGUGCAGGUUCUUCUUCAUCCUUUGCUGAAAAUCACUCUGUGACACAAGAUGGCUGCAAACAAGCCCAAGGGUCAGAAUUCUUUGGCCUUACACAAAGUCAUCAUGGUGGGCAGUGGUGGUGUGGGCAAGUCCGCACUGACUCUACAGUUCAUGUAUGAUGAGUUUGUGGAGGACUAUGAGCCUACCAAAGCAGACAGCUAUCGGAAGAAGGUAGUGCUGGAUGGGGAGGAAGUACAGAUCGAUAUCUUGGAUACAGCUGGGCAGGAGGAUUAUGCUGCAAUUAGAGACAACUACUUUCGGAGUGGGGAGGGUUUCCUCUGUGUCUUCUCUAUUACAGAAAUGGAAUCCUUUGCAGCCACAGCCGACUUCAGGGAGCAGAUUUUAAGAGUAAAAGAAGAUGAGAAUGUUCCAUUUCUGCUGGUUGGUAACAAAUCAGACUUAGAAGAUAAAAGGCAGGUUUCUGUAGAAGAGGCAAAAACCAGAGCUGACCAGUGGAAUGUUAACUAUGUGGAAACAUCUGCGAAAACCCGAGCUAAUGUUGACAAGGUAUUUUUUGAUUUAAUGAGAGAAAUUCGAGCCAGAAAGAUGGAAGACAGCAAAGAAAAGAAUGGAAAAAAGAAGAGGAAAAGUUUAGCCAAGAGAAUCAGAGAAAGAUGUUGCAUUUUAUAAUCAAAGCCCAAACUCCUUUCUUAUCUUGACCAUACUAAUAAAUAUAAUUUAUAAGCAUUGCCAUCGAAGGCUCAAUUGACUGAAAUUACUUUAACAAUUUGGAAAUUGUUAUGUAUCACUAAAAGCAUGAAUUGGAACUGCACUGAAAGUCAAAUUCACUUAAAAAAGAAAUUAAUGUGGCUUCACCAAGAAGCAAAGUUCAACUUCUUUCAUAAUUGCCUACAUUUAUUGCAGUCCCGAAUGUAGCGUGUGGGCUUGUGUUUUGCGGGCAGUCUUUCUGGAACUGUUAGAGCUGAGACGGGGUGGGGGGAAUGGGAGGAAAGGCUACUUCCUCUGGUUUAUUAUAAAGCUUAAAUUUUAUAUCAUUUUAAAAUGUCUUGGUCUUCUACUGCCUUGAAAAAUGACAAUUGUGAACAUGGUAGUUAAACUGUACCACUUUUUUUAACCAUUGUUAUGCAAAACAUAGAAGAAAAGUUAUUGGCAUGAUUGUUGCAUAUAGUUAAAUUGAGAGUAAUUCAUCUGUGAACCUGCAUUAAUUACCUGGUGAUUAACGUAGAAAAGUGGUGUAAACUUGUACAUGGAAAUUUUUGAAUAUGCCUUAAUUUAGAAACCGAAAAAUACCCGGUGACAUCAUUCUGGGUGUGUCCUCACUGGUGCCGGGGGCCUGUCGCCGCGUGUGUCCUGGUGAGAGAAUGCUUGCUUGGUAUGAAGUACAACUUUUGUAUAGAAGAUUCUUGAAAAAUAACCUGUCUGCUAGGAGUCUGUCCAAAAUUUAAAAUGUGUGCCAUACUCUGGUUCUUGAAAGUAAUGUUCCAGAGCUCCUUGAUUGCUUUUAAUUAACUGUAAGGUAGUGUGAAAUGAAGGGCCAGCAUCUACUUGUAAGAUAAUUUUAGACUGUGAGGAUUCAGCACAGUUCUGUUUCAGUGAGCCCGUUUUUCUUUAAGACGCCGGUCCCUGGAAAUCCCUUCCACAAGUGGUGAGCCUGUGUGAGGUCGUUGGUCUCUCCGGAACGGGGCACACGGAGAACGUCACUAGAGCCGAGGCCCUUUGCACUGGAACACUUGGGGAAAGCCUGGGUGCUUGCCACCUGGCCAUUUCUCAGUGUGCGCUCAGGAGGCUGCAGUUGGGCUCGGGGAGUGCUCGGGAGUCUCUCUGGUCCGCGUUCAUAAUGAAGAACGCCAGAGCACGGUUCCCUAGAGUUAACAGCCGGCGGGCAGCCUGAGUGUAGUGCGGAAAGCACGUGUGGCACACGCAGGCCAGAAGUUAGCUUGUGUCGCUAUUGUGUGGUGUGCCCACUGGGAAAAUUCUAGCAUGCUAUUCGGGGACGUAGUUUCAAUGGGAAAUACACCACUGUCAAGAGGUUUCUUUUCUUCUUCGGACUGGGACUAAGGCAGUUGAUUCAACAAAGUUCGUCUUUCUUUUCGCUCAGUCCUAAUUUCCACAAGUCAAAGGUGUGUUCAGGCAUUCCAGGUAACAGGUGUGUACGUAAAGUUAACAAAAAUAGGCUUUUUAGGAACUCUCAGCUCUUUAGAUAUUACAUCUGACUUGUCAUGUUAAAUAUUUGUCCUUAAAGGGUUUGAGAUGUACAUCUUUCAUUUCGUAUUUUUUCAUAGGCUAUGCCAUGUGCAGAAUUAAAGUUGCCGAUGUAACACUGGCCCGGCGGGCCCAGCGAUCUCCACGUGUACUCAUUGCAGUCUUAUUUAACCAGGGGUCCUAACCACUAACAUUGUGACUUCGCUCUGAGACCUUUCCUCUCCUGGGUACUGAGGUGCUAUGAAGCCAACUGACAAAGAUGCAUCACAUGUCUUAGGCUGAUGCCACUACCCGAUUGGUUUAUUUGCAAUUUGAGCCAUUUAAAGACCAAUAAACUUCCUUUUUUUUAAA